UGACAAGAACAGCUUCUUUCUUUCUAAGCCACUCAUCAGAAUUCAGGAUGUUUUAGAAAAACCUUGCGAAAAAGAUCUGAGAAGAAAAACUUGAAGAUGAUUUCCCUUUCUGAUGUUCCCUCAACAUCUUCCAUUCUAUCAACAUACACUGCUUUCACCACUUCAGCUUUCCUGGUCAGGACAGUUCUGACUGAGCUCAAAGCAUUGGCUAACCAGUUCUUGCCUGGAGACCUCCUGGAAAAGCUCUCUUCCAAACUGGGAGUCCUAAUCUGCAACUUCUCCUCCAAAACAACUCUCGUCAUUGAUGAACAGAACGGCCUUAUCCGAAAUGAAAUCUUCGAGGCCGCUGGAAUCUAUCUCAGAACCAUGCUGAAGCCUGCCGCUGGCAGGCUCAAAAUCUCCAAGGCGUCCAGGGACAAAAGCAUCACAUUCAUCAUUAGCAGAGAUGAGAAAAUCGCGGACACGUUUGGCGGCGUGGAAUUGAUCUGGGAAUUGAAAGUCACUGCCAGUACUUCUCAGAAAUCCGAGUUUGAUCGCUUUUCUUCUUCGGAGAGCAGUACGGAACGGAAAUCGUUCGAACUCUCCUUCAACAAGAAAUUCAGUGAAAUUGUUAUCAGCAAAUAUAUACCGUUCGUUCUGGAAAGAUCGAAGGCCAUAAAAGAAGAAAACAAAUGCGUGAAGCUGAUGGCGUUAGGAAACUAUACAGAUGAGGUUAAUCUGGAGCAUCCGUCCACUUUUGAGACCCUAGCGAUGGAUCCUGAACUGAAGAAGGAAAUCAUCGAAGAUUUGGACAGAUUUGUUAGCCGGAGAGAUUAUUACAGGAGAGUUGGGAAGGCGUGGAAGAGAGGGUACUUAUUGUAUGGGCCUCCGGGAACAGGGAAGUCGAGCCUGAUAGCAGCCAUGGCCAAUUAUCUGAAAUUCAGCAUCUAUGAACUGGAUCUCUCUUGCUUACGGAGCAACUCGGAUCUCCAGGAGCUGCUUCCCACUACUAAAAACAAAUCCAUCCUUGUGGUUGAGGAUAUUGAUUGCAGCAUUGAUUUGCAAAACAGAAAUAAUGGAGAUCACGGCAAGCAGAGUAAUGAUCCAAGUUAUCCUCAGGCCCGCCUGAUGUGUUUGUGCAGCUGAGGGUGCAGAAGUUCCACGGUGGUGCUUAUUUUAUUAUUGCUUUUUAUAGUUUGUUUCAUGUUCAGACUAGUAUUUUUGGUUGGUUUUGUAAGACUCUUGCAUUAGACCUGAGUGAUGAAAGUUUUGCAGUAACCAUUGUUGACUCAAUUAUGCCCAGUUUAGGAUCAGCGAGUUAUACUGCUUUAUUAAAGGUGGUUAACUCAAAGUCUGGCUCAAGGGUGGAUGGUUAUCGGUGAUACUCUUGUUAUUUUAGAUCCUUGCUGAAUGCUUCAAUUUUAAUAUGUAUGCUAAAGAAAUAAGCCGCUUAAAAGAGCAUAUAAUCCCAAAUGGCAUAGGUGAUGAAGUGGAAACACGGCUGCAUUUCCUAUUCCCACUCCUAGAGUCCUAGGUUCUUGGAGGAAUUCCCGGUUUUCCUGGGUUUGGGCCGUCGCGGGUCCGGCCCGGGUCAGAACGGGCCAGUGGGUUUUUCCGGUUUUACCUCAAUUUACGGGUUUAUGUCCACCGGACCGGUUCAGGUGCCGGGUCGCCAGUUUCCUGGUCGACCCGCCCGGUCCAGUCCGGUUCUGAUUACAUAGGUUUCAGUCUCCUUUUGUAUGGCCCCUCCCAACUUUUUUAUUUUUUAGUACUACUACUAUUAUAAAUGAAAUAAUCAAUAAAGAUUGGGUCAAAACUACUCGAUAGAAGCUUUUAUGUGAGAUGCUUUCGGGUAGAAUUUUUUGAUGAAUUUUUGUGUAUUUCAGCUUACAUGCAAUUGGAGAGUCAAUUAAAUAAAUCAUGGAAAAACACUGAGUUUUUUUUUUUAUAUUUUUUGGUACUGUGUUUUUCAAUAAUUUAUUUAACUGAUUUGUCAAUUGAAUUUUAAAUUGAAAUUAUGUGUAAAUAAUCUACACAUCAUGAAGAAUAUUGUCAUAAAAUUUCACCCAAAAAAUCCAUCCGGAAACACAUCAAACACAGACAUCCGGAUGGUGGAUCCCGUCAUGUAAUUCUGAAAGGACAUUCCUCAUUAAAAAUAAUAUGAAAAACUAUGUUUUACUCCUCGAAUAGAUCUUAUUUAGUUCUAUUGAAAAUUAUUUGAUUAAAGUUUGCCAAAAUAGGAGUCAAUAAGUCCUAUUUUGUGAUUAAAACAAUGAUAAUCCUGUUUAUAAACUUUUUUUGUCCUAUUUAGAGAUUUUUUUCUUUAGUGUUUGUGUUUCUUCUUGGCCCCCCUUAUGACUGCGUUCUGGCUCCGUCCCUGGAUGCGCACAAACAUUUAUUACACACUAUUUACUUUCUUAAUUCUCAUGCCGAUCAACUUAAUCAUGUUUUAAGGAACGGGGAAGUACAAGUAUUUCAUUAAAUCAUUGAGACAUAUACACACGGGUAUAUGAAGGAGUAAGGGUAGGAGUAAAUUUGUUGUUACAUUUAGAGCCCGUUUGGUAGCACCAAAAUCGGCUGUUUUGGCUGAUUCUGCUGAAAUUUAUGAUAUUCUGGCUGGAGUGGCUGUUUUGGCUGAUUCUGCUGAUUUAAGAAAAAAAAUUUUUAAAAAUAUAUUUUAUUAAUAAAUUAAAGAAAAAAUUAUAUGUAAAAAUAGCUAAAAUGGUCCUCUACAGUAACUUCAGCCAAUACAGCCAGAAAAGUAACUCCAACCUUACUUUUUCGGCUUAUUACACAAUUCAGCGCGCGAAAGUAAAAGUUACGUGUUUGGUGAAAAAGCUGGCUGAUAAGCCUGAUAAGCCGAAAACAGAGUUCUCCAAACGGGCUCUUAACUUUUUGUCAAUAUUCAUGCUUGUCAUGCAAUAUUGGGUGUUACAUUUAACUUUUCAGGAAUGUAGGCAAAAAAUAUAGGUAAUAAUAAUAAAUUUAGAAUACUUGUAUUAAAAAAAGUAAUUACCUGAAAAAUGAGUAAAGACGGUGAUUUUAAUAAAUUAGAGUGUUGUGUUGUGUUUUAUGAGCUGGAGUAAGUAAUGUCAUCCUACAAUUAAGAGAAACGGUAUCUACUCUUGUUUAGAGAAACAUGGUACUCCGUAUUACAACUUGUCAAAACAUUUUUUUUUACUCUGGAAAAUUUCCCAAUUAUAAAUGUGAGUGAUUAGUUGCCUUAAAUUUAGCUUCGCUUAUACUCCGUUGUUUGUAAAAUUUUAUACUAUGGAGGGUAAUUGUUCAAAAUCUAGAGAUACACUAAAAGGGAAAUAUCAAAAUUUGUAAAAUGAAAAAACCAUAACAAGUUUCUCAAGAAUCUUAAAAAAAUGUUAUAUUUACAUGGAUUAACUAAUUUAAGAUAUUUAGCUCCUGCUCAAUGGUUUUCAUUUUACACUGUUGGUGCCUAAUUAUAGACUUUUGACAAUUUUGGUCCCUUGCGAUCACUUGUCCAUCCAAUUUCACUAUGCAAACUUCGGUUGUUUUUUCACUGCAUAACCGAUCAGAAAAUUACAGUCAUGCAUUGAUGCACCCAAAGUUGGAAACCAAAAUAAAAAUGUAUUAUUAAAAGUCAUGGGACCAAAGAAAGUACUUCCUAAUAGGCCGAUUAUUGAGACUUUUCAUCAGUAAUGUUUCUAUUAUUGUUGUUGGUAAUGAAUAGGUAACGCUAUCUGGUAUACUGAACUUCAUUGAUGGAUUAUGGUCGUCUUGUGGGGAUGAAAGGAUCAUUGUGUUGACGACCAACUACAAGGACAGGUUAGACCCAGCACUACUUAGACCGGGAAGAAUGGACAUGCACAUCCUCAUGUCAUAUUGCACCCCAGGUGGAUUUCGGGUUCUUGCAUCGAACUACCAUGGCCUGAAAGAUCACCCCAAGUUCACGGAUAUCGACAAACUCUUAACGGAGGUGAAUGUGACACCUGCUGAGAUUGCAGAAGAGCUGAUGAAGAGUGAUAAGGCAGAUGUUGCCCUUGAAGGACUCAUUAAGCUUUUUCAAAAGAAAAAAGGUGCAUGUGAUGAGUUGAAGGUGGGAGGAGAUAUUGUUACCACUAAUCGGACCGAUACAGUAGUUGAACAUAGAGCAAUGAGGAGGUUGAGGAAGAUGAGGAAUAAGAACAGAAGGAAGGGAAAUCGUAGUCAUGAUUAGCAUUUAGCUUGAUUUUAAUACUACGUAUGUUUGAUUUGUUGCCAUGUAAUCCUAGAAUAGAAUUUCUCUCAAGACAAUUCUAUUCCUGAGAAUAUUGUUUGGAUUAAUAGCUGCAGAAUAUAAGUUCGCCAACUCAAGCUCGUUCCUUCA